GGUUGAUUGAAAACAUUACCCAGCAAAAUAAAUUGAGGUUAUAUUGACCAAAAUCUCAUAUUCGUUUGUGCCGAUUUCUGUUCUUUAAAUCAAAUAAUUACGUUUAACAUUUAAUAUUAAAAAUGUCGGCCAGAUACGAUCGCGCUAUCACAGUUUUUUCCCCCGACGGGCAUUUACUGCAAGUGGAAUAUGCUCAAGAAGCCGUCAGGAAAGGAUCAACUGCGGUAGGAGUACGUGGAAAAGAUGUUGUAGUACUAGGAGUCGAAAAGAAAUCUGUAGCCAAAUUGCAGGAAGAACGUACCGUACGAAAAAUUUGUUUAUUAGAUGACCACGUAGUAAUGGCUUUCGCUGGACUUACAGCGGACGCGAGAAUCUUAAUUAAUCGUGCACAAAUAGAAUGCCAAUCUCACAGAUUAACUGUCGAAGACCCCGUCACUUUGGAAUAUAUCACUCGUUACAUUGCAAGUUUGAAACAAAAGUACACACAAAGCAAUGGUAGACGCCCUUUCGGUAUGUCAUGCUUGAUUGGUGGUUUCGAUUAUGAUGGUUCUCCGCAUCUCUACCAAACCGAACCGUCUGGUAUCUAUUAUGAAUGGAAGGCCAACGCGACGGGACGUUCUGCAAAAACUGUACGUGAGUUUUUAGAGAAAUACUACACAGAGGAGGAAGUCUCAACUGAACGGGGAACCGUAAAAUUGGCGAUUCACGCUUUACUGGAGGUAGUUCAAUCUGGACAGAAAAAUCUUGAAAUUGCAGUUAUGAGACGCGGACAACCUUUAGAAAUGCUUGAUGGCAGCACAAUUGAGGAGUACGUUAAUAUGAUUGAAAAGGAAAAGGAGGAGGAAGUUGAAAAGAAGAAGCAGAAGAAGUAAUUUUUACUUAAUUUGUAUUAUUAUAAAUUGUUUAAUAAUCAUUUUUCUAAUUAAAAGAUACAUUGAAUGACAGGCUUGA